AGUUGAAUUAGCGUGGAGCCAAAUCGGCCUCGGUAACAACAACAAGUCGAAAUUUCAUUAAUUAAGUGUUAAAUAUCAGCAUAUUUGUAACCAUUGUGGGUGAAAUUCCUUGUCUACCGCACCGUUUAACGUAUCACAAGCUGACCAAGAAAACCUUAAUAAAUAUGGUCGAGAGUGAAAGUGAUGCCACGAGACGUCUGAAUGUGAAGAAGCAAACCUUAGAUGAUGCGUAUGCGGUUCCCGCUAAUUUCCUGGAAAUUGAUGUUGUGAAUCCCAUGACUUCCAUCGCCACGGGUAAGAAACGAUACACGGACUAUGAAGUAAGAAUGAGGACCAACUUACCUGUCUUUAAAGUAAAAGAAUCAACCGUACGAAGAAGAUAUAGCGACUUCGAAUGGCUUAGAAAUGAGUUGGAAAGAGAUAGUAAGAUUGUGGUACCACCAUUACCCGGAAAAGCUUGGAAACGUCAAAUGCCAUUCCGUUCAGAUGAUGGUAUUUUCGAUGAAAACUUCAUCGAAGACCGUCGCAAAGGUCUAGAGGGCUUCAUCAAUAAAAUAGCUGGACACCCGCUUGCUCAGAAUGAACGUUGCUUACAUAUGUUUUUGCAGGAACCAACAAUUGAUAAAAAUUACGUUCCAGGAAAAAUUAGAAAUACAUAAACUAUAUUUCUUGAUUGCCAGGGUCAAAUGAAGAAUUUUCAAAUGAAUGAAUAAGAAAAAUCUAUUUUGUAUUAAAAACAAAUACAUAUAUAAUAUAAUAUAUAAGAUUUAAUUAAUUAUUUGGACAUAAAUACGUAUCAAGUAGGUAAAACAAUAUAAUACUUUUCAUUUCUAUUGUUAUCAUUAUUAUUAUUAUUUUUUUCGAAAAAUGUGUUAAGAAGCCAUUUUAUUAAAGAUCAUUAUGAAAAAAUAAUGUUCAAAUAUAUAUGUAAUCCCUAUUUUUAAAUAAGCAAAAUCUCACUAGCAAUGAUGA